AUGGAAACAAGAGCAGAUGAUGAUGGCAGCGAUAUUAAGAAGGAACUUGACAACGGAAAAACAAACAUAAUGGAAACAGGAGUUGAUGGAGGCAGCGGUAUCAUCGAAGAAAUUUACAGUCGCCAAACGAAGAUAAAGGAAACAGGAGCAGAUGAUGAUGGCAGCGAUAUUAAGAAGGAACUUGACAACGGAAAAACAAACAUAAUGGAAACAGGAGUAUUUUCCGAAGAGAGACCUUGGUCUAAACCAGAGAUAUCAGAAAAGCUUAAAGACCUGUUGGCAUGUUUUAAAGUGGAGUUUUCAGAAGACCCGGAUCCUUUUCGGGAGUCAUUUGUUCGGCAUAUUAUACAGGAUGACAUGCGUAGAAAAUUAGAGACUUCUGUUCAAUCACUUUCAAAAAAGAUUGUACUCACAAAAAACAUCUCUACAAAACGACACGACUUGCCAACUGUUGAAGCUUGUGUGUUUGAAAUAGAUGUUGUAUAUGACGGCGACCAGUUUUGUGCAUCUGAGAAGGAUGCCUCCUCAAAUGAGUUUUUUAAUGUGAACGAAGAUAACUUUACCAGAGUCAUUUUGAUUAAGGGCAAUUCCCUUCCUGUGGUUGACGCUAAACUAAUAGUUUACAAAAAAUACGAACAUGUUAUCAACAAGCAAAAAAUCAUUUUACAGCAUCAAUACGAAGAAUUUGAUGAUGUGGCAAAAUUUAUAGCCUACCAAAUGAUAUCGUUGUAUUGUACUUUCGUUGAGUCAGUGAUAACCGCUUUUACAAUGCAUCUGCCUAAGAUGAUUUCAGAGUAUCCUGUCGAAUCGCUGACUGUUGGAAAAAUAGAACAAAUGUGUUUAAGAGUUUUUGAAAGAAUUGAAGACAAAGAUGUUCUGUCAAUGGAUAGUAAUAGAGAUUGGAGACGAUCGUUGGCCGCUGCAAUCCAAACAGAAAUGAGAAAACGAGAACCGGUUGUCGCUAAUGCAUCGUUGAUUAAUAGUAUCUGUCAGAGAACAGUGAACGACUUAAAGUGUAUUUUAAGUGAACUUGAGAAAUUUCAAACUUCCGUGCAUCCCGCUGACCAAAACAAACAGAUUGAAGAAUGGCUGAAAAGGGAAGUCGUGUGCGACAGAUCUGUUUUGAAAGAUCAUCCAUCCAUUUUAAAAUACAUAACUGGAUAUAGAGAUUCUGUUAAUAAAACGCAAGUUGUAAAAGUCUUCCUAAAGUGUGAGGAUAAAGAGUCAGAGAUGAUUUUCAAAAAAAGUUGUGAUGCCUCAAAGCAUCUUCAGUUUGAAUUUGUAAAUGUUGAAAGAUCCAAAGACAAAAAGAAAGAAGUCAAACAAAUAAGAUUACGUGAAAGAAAAGCCCCUGCAGUUGACAGUUCAACUAGAAAACAAUUGAAGCUUAUCAUUCAAGAGCACAGAAAGAAAAUUUAUGCACUUUUUUCAAAUGUCGUCGGUCUUCGUAUUGGCAAAGCCAGACAAGUUGGUGAUUUGAUACAAGAAGAACCCUGCAUUGUUUUGUACUGUUUAGAUAAAUGUUUAAUUCCAUUUGGUGAAAAACCUCUACCGGAGUCCAUUGCAGGAUGGCCUUGUGAUAUACGGGAAGAAUUUUUUAGAUUCGGACGAUGUCCUGGAAACUGUCCGGCCAGACAUCAAGGCCUUCCAGACCCUGGUUGUAAUAUUGGGAUAAAAUCAGACAGUAGUUCAGGAUCUGCUGGAUUCUUAUAUGAAUCUAGAGAACCCAGUAAUAAAUUAGGAAAUGGAUUUCUUACAGCAGCACAUGUUGCCGUUAAAGAUCUUGAAAGAUUGUACCCCAACACAUCAUUUACAAUGGCUAAUCUUUCUCCUGAUGACAAUAUUAUAGAUCAUCGAUCACCUCCGAAAAUCCAAGGAAGAUACUAUAGAGUUGGAAGAGUUGUAGAGGCAUUGUUCGGACAACGUGAAAACAUAGAUCUGGAUUUUGCAGUCGUAAAGAUCGAAGAAAGUAGAAAUGGAGGUAAAUAUUAUAUAACUGAAAUAAUUAAACAAUUCUAA